AUGGAGCCCUUGGCCGGCUAUAUAGCAGCUGUGAUAGCAUGUUUCAUUGUUAUAAUAUCAAUUUGCUUCUGGAAUAGGCAUCGUUUGAGACCUAUAACAGAUCCAAUACUACGACUCCUUCAAAGCACGUGGAAAUAUCUGCUUUACAAAGAUGUUAUCCGACAAAACAAUGUGCUUGGUCCGUGGACUGCCGCUGAACUUCUAGUGUCUCUGGCAUAUAUCUUCGUAAAUGUUUUUUCAGUUCUUUACCCUCGUGUCUCGUUGAUCAGGAUGUGUAAACAGUCCGGUACGGUGGCGUUUAUCAAUACCAUAUUUUUGUAUUGUAGCCACAAUAUCAGUUUUGUCGCAGAUGUGCUUGGUGUCACGCCGAGGGUAUGGCGUCGUCUACAUCGUACAGUUGCUUGGAUGGUUGGGGUUUUGACGACAAUCCAUAUGGGCAGCGGAUUGAGCCAGGCCAGAGCGCCAAGCCGAACCGACCUCAUCGGCUCCUUUCUUGCAUUUUCUCUUAUAAUAACCAUUCUAGCCACAUCAAUCCAUGUACUGAGAAACUUAACCAGAAAUCUGGCCUCCAAGCUACAUUGGCUGCUUGCGCUUAUCGCCAUUGCUGCCGUGUACACUCACGUCGUUAUUAAGAUAGGGAACUACUGGAUGCUAUACAUCAUUCCGAUAUGUUUCAGUGCAGCUUUCUUAAAAGAUGUUUGCCUUUUUCUCUAUAAUAACGGGAUAUUCGGUAUCCGUGGAUGGACUUAUGCUUCCUUCAUCAGAUUUGCAGACAACACAACACGGAUUGACGUGUUCCCUGGAAGGCCGGUACAGGUACAUCCUGGCCAAUAUAUUAACUUGUGGGUUCCCUUUUUCGGAGAGAACUUCUGGCCUCGUUUUCGGCAAUAUCACAUUCAGUCGUGCGAGCCCAUGCCGCAGAAACAAAUGAAGCUUUUUGACCUUCCUGGCGGAUUCCUUUCCAAAACCCCACAAAUCAAAACACUAAGGUAUAUACAAGAGAACCCUCCACGCCUUGCAUUUUUCACAGGCCCAUACGGACUGUCUCACACCUAUGUCCAGUAUGAAACGAUACUCGCCGUAAUAUACGAUUAUGGAAUCCUCUCAGUAAAUGCUCUGCUCCAAUAUAUUUAUCAAUGUAUGGAGAAUCGCACCUCGAAAGUCCGUCGAGUGCGUCUGGUAUGGCAAUGGGAAACAGUCUCUGAGACAUUUUACGAUAUCCGAGAGAUCAAAGACUUGGAAACGCAGAUCAUCGGGGAGCUGGAAAAGUUCUCAACCAGAACUGGCUUGGACCGAACCCUGAUUGAAUAUCAUCUCGGCAGAUAUGUUCCCCCAGUCCGGACAGGAGACUCGAGGGAAACGAGCAAAGAGGAAUCAGAAAUGGAACGGCUGGAGCGAGAAACGCGAGAAUAUAUUGUAUUCGACAAGGACAAAGACUCGGAGGGCACUAUGGCGAUGAAGGAAGCCCGAAAACAUGAUUUUGAUCGACUACAGGACAAGAUCGCACCACUCGAGUGUCGAAUCGAUGAAUAUGUCGCAAGAAGACGGAUCAUGGAUGAUGUCUUUGGCUGGAUAAACAAUACGGCCUUGAAACGAAACAGUGAAAACUUUACACUUCAAUGCAGCGUUUACAGAACAGACGUUAAGGAAGCAUAUAAGUCCGGGAGGGCAGAGAUCGUAGGAGGAGCUGCUGAUCUCAUGUCCAUUUUUGACUAUGAGAUAACUGAGCACCGAAGACGUAUUGAAAAUGACCCAUCCGAAAUCCGGGGGAAGUUUCUCGUUAUGGUUUCGGCGCCUCCUAGUGUACAAGCGCGGGCGCGGAAGAUUGUUGGUGCGAACCUGGGGGAUGUGGAUUUGAAAGAGUUCCAGUAUCAUGCUGGUGAAAUGUUUAACUAA